CUUCGGCGAAGUCACAACUUCAGCUCUAAGAUAUAGCCGAUAAUAAAAAAUUGUUAAAAUAUGUCCGUCAGCCGUGCGAUUUUAGGCGUUUUUUUCUUAGUGGUGCUUAUGAAUUUUCUGGCCGUCGAUGCGCAAAAUGUUGUUUGCUCGCAGCCGCGUCUAGUUGGUCAAUGUCGCGCCUUGUUGCGUCGCUACUAUUACGAUUUCACUUCGAAUGCUUGUAAGCAGUUCUACUAUGGUGGUUGCGGUGGAAACGGCAAUAAUUUUGUAAGAAAAUCAGACUGUAAAGCUGCUUGUGUAGGAAAUUAGUAUGUGUCUUUUAUAAAGCGAUUGGAAAUUGUGUGAUAAUAAAGAUUUUGUAAUUGACGAAUUUAU